AUGGGCCAUCACACUCUUUCUUUCUUUCUUUCUUUCUUUCUUUCUUUCUUUAUUAAUAUCUUCCCAAUCUUUCUUUCAUUCUUAAUAUCUCCCCACUCUUUCUUUUUAAUGUCACCACUCUUUCUUUCUUUCUUUCUUUCUUUCUUUCUUUCUUUCUUUCUUUCUUAUAAUGUAACUACUCUUUCUUUCUUUUUCCUUCCUUCCUUCUUUCUUUCUUAUUAUGUAACCACUCUUUCUUGCUUUUUUUCUUUCCUUCCUUCCUUUCUUUCUUUCUUAUUAUAUAAUCACUAUUUCUUUCUUUCUUUCUUUCUUUCUUUCUUUCUUUCUUUCUUUCUUUCUUUCUUUUUCCUUCCUUCCUUCUUUCUUUCUUUCUUUCUUUCUUAUUAUAUAACCACUCUUUAUUUCUUUCUUCCUUUUUCCUUCCUUCCUUCCUUCCUUCCUGCCUUCCUUCCUUUCUUUCCUUCUUACUUUCUUUCUUUCUUAUUAUGUAACCACUCUUUCUUUCUUUCUUUCUUAUUAUAUAACAACUCUUUAUUUAUUUCUUCCUUUUCCUUCCUUCCUUCCUUUCUUUCCUUCCUUCCUUUCUUUCCUUCUUUCUUUCUUUCUUUCUUUCUUUCUUAUUAUGUAACCACUCUUUCUUUCUUUCUUUCUUAUUAUAUAACCAAUCUUUAUUUCUUUCUUCCUUUUUCCUUCCUUCCUUCCUUCCUUCCUUCCUUUCUUUCUUUCUUUCUUUCUUUCUUUCUUUCAUUCUUCCUUUCUUUCUUUCUUUCUUUCUUAAUACCUGUAAAAAUUUAUUGCCUUUUCUGUCUUGUAUUUUCUGAUGAUCCAUAA